AUGGAAAACCCUAGAUUGGCUCUACUUUCUUCUUCUUCACCAAAAUUAUUUAUGGGAUACCCAACUUCCCUCAAAAACCCUAUCACCCCUAAAUUCUCCAUAUGCCCAACCAGACCUUCACUUCCUUUACCUUUCAGAACUUCCAAAACUGCCCCUCAUGCUUCAAGAGUUUCCAUUUCUGCCCUUGCCAACCCUCAUGGUCACCGAAGAACCUCAAAAAAUGGGAAACUAGGGAGUGAAUAUUUUGCUAGCAUUUCUUCAUCAACUGGAAAACAAACGGCUUCGGUUGGAGUUAAUCCACCACCAGUGUCGCCACCUUCUUCGCAAAUAGGAUCGCCACUGUUUUGGGUUGGAGUUGGUGUUGGGUUAUCAGCAAUUUUUUCAUUUGUCGCUACAAAGUUAAAGAAUUAUGCCAUGCAACAAGCUUUCAAAUCAUUGACAGAGCAGAUGAAUACAGCAGAUAACCAAUUCAAUCCUGCAUUUUCUGCAAGGCCACCUUUUCCAUUUUCUCCGCCACCAGCAUCACAGCCUUCAACCUCAUCUUCUCCAGUGGCUUCUCAACCUGCAAUCACAGUAGAUAUUCCUGCUACAAAAGUAGAAGUAGCUCCAACCACUGAUUUUGGAAAGGAAAAGAAGACUGAUGUUCUAGAGGAAAGGGAGAUAAAGGAGGAGCCAAAGAAAUAUGGUAUGACAAAAUCUCUGGUUCUCCUACUUGCAGCUUUUGUGGACAUUUCUCCUGAAGAAACCUCGCUGAAAACUCCCUUUUCAAGUGUUGAAGAUGACAAUGAUACAAGCUCAUCCAAGGAUCAGUUUUCCAAGGAAACCUUUCAAAAUGGAGCUGCCUUUAAGCAGGGCCCAGGUGCUUCCGAGGGUUCUCAAUCUACUGGAAAAGCAGAAUCUUUCUUAUCGGUGGAAGCUUUGGAGAAAAUGAUGGAUGAUCCAACAGUGCAAAAGAUGGUUUAUCCAAAUAAUAUGGGUGGGAGUGGUGAAUGGGACAGCCGGAUGAUGGAUAAUUUGAAAAAUUUUGAUCUCAGCAGUCCUGAGGUUAAGCAGCAGUUUGAUCAAAUUGGCCUUACACCUGAAGAAGUAAUCUCAAAAAUCAUGGCCAAUCCUGAUGUUGCUCAGGCAUUUCAAAAUCCAAGAGUUCAACAAGCCAUUAUGGAGGUUAUGGAUGUCUUCAACAAAAUAUCAGAGCUCUUCCCUGGGAUGUCUGGCUGA